GAGGGCGCGGCCUACUUCGCCGUCUACGACGGCCACAGCGGCUUCGACGUCGCCGCGCGCUGCCGCGACGAAUUGCACGGUCUGUUCUACGAAGAAUUCCAAAAGUCCGAGGACCCGGCGGCCGCUUUAGAAACAUCGUUCCUCGCGCUCGACGCGGCCUACUGCGCCGAGGCCGCGCGGGGCGACGCGUCGCCGGACGCCGGCGCGACGGCGCUCGCGCUCGUGCUCGAGUGCGGCGGGGGUUCAAGCCCACGAGCCGUCGUCGCGAACUGCGGCGACUGCGCGUGCGUCCUCGGCCGGAAAGGGGCGCCCGUGCCCCUGAGCGCGCCCCACGCGCCGGCGCCGGGCUCGUCCGAGGCCGCGCGCGUCGAGGCCGCCGGCGGCUGGAUCUUCGCGGACGCGCACGAGCGCGUGCGCCUCAACGAGAUCCACCGCGUCUGCGGCGAGGUCGCCGUGACGCGCGCCAUCGGCGACGUCGACUUCAAGGGCUGGCCGUGCGACGGCCGCGAGAGUCCCUGCUUCGCGUACCCGGAGGGCCACGACGGGUCCUUCGCCGCGGACCUGCUCGUGGCGACGCCGGAGGUCGUCGCCGAGGCGCUCCGGCCCGGGGAUUCCUUCCUGCUCCUGGCGACGGACGGCCUCUGGGACGUCGUCGCGCCCGCGGAGGCCGUCGCCGUCGCGGGCCGCCGCUUCGACGCGGGCGACCACCCGAAGGCCGUCGCGGCCCACCUCGUCGACCGCGCGCUGCGCCUCGGCUCGGGCGACAACGUCACCGUGCUCCUCGUCCAGCUCGAGGUCGCCCCGUAA